AUGGUGGAGACCAACACAGUUUAUGCUGAGGUGUUAGAAAAAGCUCUCGAAGUUGAGUUACUCGAAAAUGAUAUAAAGAAGGAGAAUGCUGCUAAGUGGGAAGCCCGAAGAAACAAUGGAGGAAAUCAAGAGAAUAAGAGAAAACACGAGGGAAAUCAGGGUAAUGAUCGUGAUAAAAAGGGGAAAGCAGUGGUCCAAAAUAACAACAAUGGGGUGAAAAGGUCCUAUGUAGAAUUCCCAAUUUGCCCCACAUGCAAUAGGAAACAUCUUGGGGAGUGUAAGAUGAAGUCAGGGGUGUGCUACAAUUGCGGGCAGCCAGGCCAUCUGAAGAAAAAUUGCCCAAAGGGACAAAAAAAGGAGAACCAAGCCGCUCCUGCUCGAGUGUUUUCUCUCACCAGAGGAGAAGCAGCCACAAGCAACACUGUUGUCUCAGGUCAGGUUUCUAUUUACGGAUUUCCUUGUAAUGUUCUCUUUGAUUCUGGAGCUACUCAUUCUUAUAUAGCUACUAGGGUAAUUGAUAGUAUAGAUAAGCCAUGCGACCUACUUAGAUGUGGUAUUGUGACGGAAUUACCCUCGGGAGAAACCAUGCUAUCAACAAGAAGAAUGCGAGAUGUACCUAUCAUAAUCGAAAGCAAAGAACUCAUGGGCGACCUAAUAGAGCUGGAAAUGAAGGAAUAUGAUGUUAUACUUGGGAUGGAUUGGCUAUCUAGUCACGGCGCGACAAUCAAUUGCCGAAAGAAACUGGUCGUUUUUGAAACAAAGGUUGGGAUCGGUUUAUUUUCAAGGGCGACAAGCUGGCCCAUAGGACUCCAUUAA